UAGUAUCUUUGUCAGUGAUCAAGAUGGCCCUGCACGGAGAAUUGUCGUCAUUCUCAGCUGGCUGGCGUAGCUUCAACGCGCGAAAACAACCAUGCGCGACACAAUGACGCAGCUCCAGGCAUCUAUACUUCAUGUACCGUUCAUGAAACCUUCUCCUCAUCUCGACAAAUAAAGUCCACAGCGACGAUUUAUUAACACCCAAGAUACGAGAUCAUUCACAGUCAACCGCUCCUCCAUAUCCUCAUAUCGAAGCCAUGUCGACAGUCAAGUUGCCUCUUGGAACACCGGACGAGAUUCCUGAAGAGAAACUCGUCAAUGAAGCUCUCGAAAGCCUCGUGAACGGGACAUUGACCUCCAAAGAUGCAGCUCAGAAGAUCGAUUCUGUCAUAAUCACAGAUCUCCGGUCUGGAAAAUCCAACUCUCACCCGUUGGGUUGGGAACACUACCUCUGGGACAGCAUUGGCAGGUCGGCGAUGGUUGUUCCCGCUGAUCAUGCAGGUCAGGACCGCCUAGUUCACUUCCUGCAGGACAUCCAAAAUCUUCCCAAGACGACUAUUCCGUUCGCUGCAAACGGAGCAGAACACGAGAAAAUCUUUUGGACUCUCAAUGCAUCAAAUGGCUAUUCUGGACUAUCUCAAUGGCUGUGGGAGCUGAAAGAAGGUGGAUUUCAGCGACACGAACGCCCGUCAGAAGACUCGUCAUUUCUCCAUCAGAAUUUUGCCGCUUUCUUAGCUAGAUUGCUCUCCAACGGCGUGGUGGAAGCUACUCGCCUAAGCGACCUCAUUCGACCUUCUGCGUUCGCGACCAAAAAUGCCUCAAAUAGCAAUUUGGAAGAAUACGUGAUCGCCUUGCGUGGUGCGAAGCGAUGGAUCCUACACGCUGGAGAUGCGCUCUACGAGAUGUGCCAGAAACAAACGUUGAUCGAGAUUCCCGGGCCAAAAUGGACUCCGACCGUGUGGAGUGGCUGGAAGAACAAGUUCGAGCAGGCUGCGAAGGCAGAAAAUCUCGGUGCUGAAGGACGUGAGAUUGCUGCGCAAGCUCUUGAGCGCAUGGACCAGGUCGAACAACGGGGAGUGACUACGACUAUUUGUGAGACUUUUGGAUUCACCUCUAUCGAACAAGAGGAAGACGACGAGUAGAUUAGCUGUACGAGAAAGUUUCUACUACUACCAC